UUGGUGCGCCCACCGAGUGAAAAUGCAGCUACCAAAUACUUGGGUGUACUUGCACCUCUUUGGCUGCUGUGUGCGCUCCCGACACAAGGGGAACAGUUUUUCACAGGGGGACAUAAUUUCGCACAGGACCGGAAGUUCUCUCAGUCAUAACACCAAUCGCUCCAACUUUGGUCAACAUGGCGGCAGCAGAAAUAGACAAUAGCAAGUAUUUUGUAAGAGAAAUCGAAAAGAAUAACGGAUGCGUCUUAAGAAUGAAGCAGUGCUACAUAGGAGACGUUGGUUGUGUCGUCUGGGAUGCAGCCAUUGUUCUUGCUAAAUAUUUGGAGACUAAAACGUUUUAUGACAUGUCGAUAGGAGUCAACGUGUGGUGCGGCAGGACUGUGGUGGAAUUAGGUGCUGGGACAGGAGUAGUUGGUCUGAUGGCAGCAACACUCGGUGCUCAUGUCAUAGUAACAGACCUAGAAGAUUUGCAGUCCCUCCUGAAUGUGAAUAUUCAGGAAAACCAGACACUCAUUCAGAGUGGGUCCAUAUCUGCCAAGGUACUGAAAUGGGGUGAGGAUGUGUCUGAGCUAUUGCCUCCUCCACAUUACAUUAUCAUGGCAGAUUGCAUAUAUUAUGAGCAGUCUAUAGGUCCACUGGUGGAGACCUUGAAGCAGCUAUCUGGAUCAGAGACCUCCAUUAUCUGCUGCUAUGAGCAACGCACUGAGGGUGUUAAUCCAGAAGUGGAAAAUAAGUUUUUUGAGUUGCUGCAACGAAAUUUCAUCUAUGAAACAAUCCCUUCUGACAAACAGGACCCAGAGUUCAGCAGUCCCGACAUCCAUAUUCUGCACAUUCGAAGAAAAGACUGAUUUUAUAGCAUAAAAUUUGUUUUUCUACUAAGAUUUAUAUCAUUGUGAGAAAGAUUUCAGACUGUGGCAUUUAAAAAAACUUAAAUAAUCAUUUGUACUUCUUAAAAAUAGUUUACAUUUCAAAACAGGAAGUUUUUAGGGUAUAAAAAUAAAAUACUCUUGAACACUUA